AUGCCCACGUCUGGCAACAUCAUCUCCGCUUGCCAGAUCACCAAUAUCAUUCACUGCCAAACCACCUGCAGAAUCCAUAAACGCCUGCUCGAUACCGCCUUGGCAUCCUACGAGACACUAGCCCAACACACUGAGUUUGCAAGUACACUGUUUCUGCUAUAUGAAGCCAGCGUCACACAAUUCUUCCCUAUUCAACCUGAACGCGUUGAUAAGAUUGAUCUUCAUCGUCCUUUUUUGAUUCGCAUUGAUGCUAUCCCCCUUUUGGCCUUACCGGUGCCCACCAAAGGAGGCGCACUUGUCGGCCUCCAUACUGGUGGCCCGGAGUUGAAUUGA